GUAGACUUACUGUAACACUUCUUUAAACUAUUAUCUUUAAGAGAUAUUAUAAAGGAAGUUCAAUCAAGGUGUUAAUUAACAAUUGCAUUAACGAGCAUCAGAUGGACAGAGAUAUAAAGACUGGCUGUUGUUUAGCCAAUUUCAACAAGUGUGGCAGAGAACGUGUUUCACGACUGACAUGUACAAGCACUGGUCACACAAUCGGUGUGAUAUAUGGAUAGCUCGCUGUGGACUGUGGACCACCUAAAGUUUGUAUGGAACCCAAUCGCCGACUUCAUGCAGCGAAUGCGGCAUGGCUAUAAGCAGACCUCUGCUCCUGUUGCUAGUCUUGGUUUCAUCAACAGUAUGCGGCGGUGACGCGAAUCUAAGUACAUUUCUAUGUGACUGGACCGCAAGGAAUGACAUGAACCAAGUUGAGAGUUUGCGCACUAGCAUGAAAGACUGCAGUGACUUGUCUCGGCUCCCCUCUCGGAUUCGGUUACCGCACACAAAGGUUCACAAAAAUGACUGGGAAUCACGUCCGGUUCAGGACAGAAUGGCUGAGGUCCUGCAAUCUCUGAGUAAUCUGGUGCAGGAUGUUAAGGCUGCCAGAAAGCUUGUGCAAGCUGGCUGUAGUUCCUCUCUACUGGAGAGACUGGAAAAUAAUGCUAAUAACUACCGGGUCAUACUCACGCACCGGAGCAUUACUGUAGAGAUAGAACAACGACAUCCUACAGACGGGACAAGACCACCCACAAUCCAAAAGGAGCCUUCUGAAGACACUGAUGACCUUGACAAAGUGCUCAGAUACUUUGACAAACUAUUAUCAGGCCGAUUGGAAUUGCUCAUUACAGGACUUAAUUGGAGCUGCCCUUGAUGCCUCCUGAACUGAGGGAAAGGUAGUGAGCUAUACACAACAUUGGGAAGACUGGGAUGAGCCUGAGCUUGUUCUUGGGACUCGUGAUGCUAUGGAAUUACUGCUCUCUCUGCUGGUCAGAACCUGAAUUACACUGAUGAACCAUAGCAAUGGUGGAGGAAAUUCAUGUGAUUCAUGAGACCAAUGGGAUGGAGAAGCAUUCAUUGAACUCUAAACGACAUAAUGGCCUCGUUUACAUGAGACAUUUAAUUCAGAAUUAAUUCAAUUGAAUUCUGAAAAAAGAUUAUUUACACUUUGAACAUGUAAACACUUCACAACACUUCACAAUUCGGAAUUCACUUAAAGUAGUCAAAGGAAACACUACAGAACUAUUUAAUUAAAUUAUUGAAUUAAAAAUGUCAUGUAAACAUAGCCAAUCUUGCACAGAACUAUUUGUAGUGUUAUGAGAAACCUUUGUGAUAUGGGGUUUGUUUCAACAUGCAACCUUGCGUCCUCCACUUGUGCUUGUGGCUUCGUACCAGAAAGUAAUAUGUCGUGAUGACAUCACUGACAACAGCAUUAUAUUUCAAUAUCUUGCAAAAACUUCAUUGUAAAGUCAUUUUCUCAUUUACAAACUGGAUGGUGAAUGAAGAAUAGUCCCCCAAAAAUUAUUUUGGCUAGGCUGUCUGUGGGGUAACUUAAUUGUUUUCUCCACGGAGGCAGGGCAUCAGCAAAACGUGAGGCCACAAGCACAAGUGGAGGACGCAAGGCCGCAUAUUGGAAUGCACUCAAGGACAUUUCAUGACCACUCCUGUGACAAUACACUCCCCAAGGGCUGAAUGAGAGCCUUGAUGCUGGCUUCAUUUGUUGUUGUUGUUGUUGUUGUAAUAUAUAUAUAUAUAUUAACUGCAGUGUGUUAGUAUUUUAUUAUUGUUUUCAAGAGCUAAGUAGAAGGAGAAACAAUAUUGUUUUUAAUUAACAACUGUGAGCCAUUCUGUAUCUGAAUAAGAUA